AUGGCUGCACCAACCCCCACCUGGGGUCAGCUUCACAACGAAGCCAACGAGAUCACCGAGACCCACACCCCUCACUACCAGGAGCAGCACGGUCUCGCCACCACCCACUCUGACGAUGAGAAGAAAUCCCCCCUCUCGUCCCAAGAUGGUCUCGACACCCAGCUCCCCGUCACCGGCUACUACGAUGCCGAGAAGAAGGCCGUCACCGCCGACGAGGACUACGAACCCGAAGACCUCCACUCGGGAAAGCAGUUCGACCUCAAGUACUUCCCCGAAGAGACGACGCAGCUCACCGUCCGAUCGCUCGUCGUCGGAACCAUCCUCGGUUGCGUCAUCGCAGCUUCCAACGUAUACCUCGGUCUCAAGACCGGUUUCACUUUCGGCGCAUCCCUCUUCGGCGCCAUCCUCGGUUAUUCCAUCAUCAAGAUCAUGCAAAAGGCGCUGCCCGAGAAGCUCGGUGGUGGAUUCUUCGGUCCCAGGGAGAACUGCACCGUCCAGACCGCCGCUACCGCCGCUGGUUCGUUGACGGGAAUGUUCGUGGCUGCCGUUCCGGCCAUGUACCAGCUCGACCUGCUUCACGACCCCUUGAAGGACUUCGGUAGGCUGUUGACCUUCUCCGCUGUUUCGGCUUACUACGGUGUCUUCUUCGCCAUCCCCUUGAGGAAGUUCUACAUUCUCAAGCAGAAGCUCAUCUUCCCUUCGCCUACGGCUACCGCCUACACGGUUCGAUCGCUCCACGCUCCGGGAGGAGAGAUCACUGCGAAGAAGCAGUCCCGCGCUUUGCUCUUCUCGUUCGCUGCUGCCUUCUGCUUCGUCGUCGUUAACCAGUACGCAAGCGGUAUCCUCAUGGACUGGCACAUCUUCUACUGGCUCUACAGCUGGGGAUGGAAGAAGGCGCUCGUCGUCGACAACUGGGGUUGGAUCAUCGAGUGGACCCCUGCCUUCCUCGGUGCUGGUAUGCUGUCUGGUAUGAACGCCUCGUUCUCGUUCCUCGGUGGAAGCUUCCUCAUGUGGGCCAUGAUCGGUCCCGCCAUCAUCGCUACGGGACAGGCGGCGGGCCGACACACCGGUGUUAGCGCAACCGCGGAUCCCCAAGAGCCGCUGCGUUGGGCUUACACAAGCAUGAGCUUCAACCCCAACACCAUGCCGCUGAAUCACGCUUCGCCCAGGUACUGGGGUUUGUGGCCCGGUGUGCUCAUGAUGCUCGCCUACUCCUUUGCAGAGAUCGGCAUGAACGGCCCCACCAUCUACCGCGGUGUCCGAGCUGGUGCUCAGGAGCUGUACUGCAAGAUCGCCAGAAAGGACCCUCCUACCUACGAGGACGCCAUCGCCGAUCCUUGCGAGAAGAAGGACCAGGUUCCGCUCUGGGCCUGGACCAGUGGUCUCGCUCUGUCGAUCGUCUUCACCUGCCUGGUUUGCACGCUCCAGUUCCACAUGAACUUGGGCAACGUCAUCCUCGCUAUCAUCCUCGCCUUCCUCUUCUCCUUCGUCGGUGUUCAGGCUUCGGGUGCCACUGACACCAACCCUGUCGGAUCGGUCGCCAAGGCCUCGCAGCUCAUCGUCGGUGGUGCGCUCCGUGGUCAGGGCAAGACCGGUGCCUCGGGUCUGCUCGAGAACCUCAUCGCCGGAUCCAUCGCCUCCUCCGCCGCCUCGCACGCCGUCGACAUGGUCGGCGAUCUCAAGACCGGUCACCUCCUCCGUGCCAAGCCUCGCAACCAGUUCUGGGCGCAGAUCUUCGGCUCCUUCUGGUCGAUCUUCGUCUCGACUGGUCUGUUCGUGCUGUUCACCAAGGCUUACCCAUGCAUCACCAACGCCGACGCCGAGGAAUGCCCCUUCGCCGCCCCCGCCGUCGCCGCCUGGAAGGCCGUCGCUGUCGCCGUCAUCUCGCCGAAGCUUCCCGUCUCGCUCUCGUCCGGUAUGACCGCUAUCGGCUUCGCCAUCAUCUCGGUCAUCACCGUCGUGCUCAAGUACAAGGUCGUUCCCGCCAAGUACCACGUUUACGUGCCUAACUGGAACGCAGUCGGUCUCGGUUUCGUCGUUCCCCAGACCUACUACCCUAUUGCCAUGUGCAUGGGUGCCACCACCGCAUUGUUCUGGAAGAACAAGCGACCCCAGAGCUUCGACUUGCUCGCCUUUGCCAUCGCUGCCGGUCUCAUCGCCGGUGAGGGUAUGGCUGGUGUCUUCAACGCUAUCCUUACCAUCAUCGGUGUCGACGGUGGCACCUAUGGUACCACGGUCGGUUUGCCACCUUGGUAA